GGUUAAUUAAUUCUGUGGCGGCUCUUCAAUAUCUCAGUUUUGGUCCCUAAGUGAGUAAGAAGGAUUUUCAAUCCUCUUCUCGUCGUGCACAAGAAAACCAUGACCCACGAAUUGGAUCUCGAAGAUUUUCCAACACUAAAAUUAAAUCAUGUCCACAUUAAAGACAAAAAAAAUCUUCAGAGAGUAAUCAACACUAUUCUGAAGGAAGGAUGUAGCUCUUUGCAGGUUGUUACUGAUUUCGAUUUGACAUUAACAAAACAACAUGUUAAUGGAAGAAAGGUUCUCAGCAGUUUUGGAAUCUUCAGCAAGUGUAAACAACUUCCACAGAAUUAUACCAAAGAGUCAAAUCGCCUCUAUGAAAUAUACAGACCAAUAGAAAUUGAUCCUCAUUUAUCACUCGAAACAAAAAUAGAAGCAAUGACCAAAUGGAUGAUUGCAGCAGAAGAAAUAAUAAAGGGAAUACCUUUUAAUCCCGACGAAAUACCAGAAGUUGCCAAGAUUUAUGGAACAGACUUAAGGGACGGUACCAAAGAACUAUUUAAAAAAUUACAUUCUGCUGGAGUACCAGUACUAGUUUUCAGUGCUGGUUUAGGAGAUGUUGUAGAAGCUAUUUUAAGAAAUCAAGGAGUUCUGUAUGAUAAUGUAAAGGUGAUCUCUAAUUUUCUCAAAUACGAAGAUGGGAAAAUAGCAGGCUUCAAAAAUGAGAGACUGAUUCAUGUUUUUAACAAAAAUGAAUAUGCCAUAGAACAAGAGUAUUUAAAAGUUCUCGAAGGAAGACAAAACAUUCUUCUAAUGGGUGAUACCACAGGGGAUGCAUCAAUGGUAGAUGGUAUCGUAGACACAUGCGCAGUGCUAAAAAUUGGUUUCCUUUAUGACCAUGUAGAAAAUAGUUUGUCAUCGUACAUGAAACAAUUUGACAUUGUCUUAAUCGAUGAUCAGACAAUGCAAGUUCCAAAUGACAUUCUAAAAUCGUUAUUAUAACAAAUAAUAAAAUAUAUUUUUUAAUUUUAUAUUUUCUCUAUAAACUAUUUCCUUCUAAACUUGAUUCAGGAUGGCAAUGCAAGAUUGUAAAUAUUUAUAUCCUUAUUGGUAUUCUAUCUUUUUACAUAAAAAGUGUAUUUACAUAUACUAGAUAUACUUGAUGUAUUUAUUUUUCAGUGAAAAUUACUUUAAUCUAGGUAUUUAUGUUAAAGUGUGAGAAUAAAUAUCAUGUUGAAUCUCCUCAAGAAGUGAAAGACAUAAUGCCUCAAUUUAACUUUAUUACAUUAAUUCUUUUAGAAGUUACUUCCAGAAAUCUCAGUUUCUAAUUUUUGGUUUCAAUGGAAUGGCGUUAUAAAUAAAAUAAUUAUGGACAUUUAUACUUUCAUAAAAUUCCCUACAUAUCAUGCCACGUAUUCGUUACAUCCUAGUACAUUUUAAGAGAAAGUAAGUUGAGAACCAUCAACUAUUGACUAACGCGCAGCAUAUUCUUUACUAACCACAAAAUAACUCGUGUUUCGUUACUGAAAAUUCAGUGAAUUUAAUUAUCAAAGUAAACGUUUAAGACCAAGCGAUGAAGGAUCAAAAAAUAAACCUAGACGAAGUUGAUGUUUCACAUUUAGGAACAGACAGAGAGAAGACAAAAGAAGGUUAACUUUAAACGUAUUGAAAUUUUCUUAUUUUUGUUUAUUAUGAUAGAAACAAAUGCUAUAAUUUAUAGUUAAAUAAAUUAUUAUAAUGGAAUUUAUGACUGUA